AUGGCCAGUAUCAUGGCGUCCAACUUAGUCCCCAACUACGAGGUCAAAGUCCUUCUCAAACCCUCUGAAGUACUUGAAGCAAAUAACAAACUCAAAGAUGCGGUUUUAUCGGCGUUCUCCAUGCCGUCGAGCACUAAGAAAAUGAACAUCCAAUUCGUAGACAACACGAAACAAGGCCUCUACACCAACGGCUGGAGCCUUCGCAUCCGCAAAACAGAAGGCGAAGAUAAGUUUGAGUUAACGUUUAAGAAGCGCUAUGAGAUUAGCGACGGAGGCUCUAGUACUACUAGAGGCAAUAUUGAUGCAGCGCUUAAGAUGGCCAAGCAAGAGGGGUUUGAUUCAACGACUACCUUCGAAGCGCAAGUUGAAGUUGGCUACCGGAAGCAGACGCUCUCCAUCAGCUACGAUACGGAAGUUUCCGACAUGGGUUUCGUAGGAACGGACCUUUCCCUUGCGGAAGACUCGAGCAAGUUCCUCGUUGACAAAGCACCUAAAGAAUUUACGAAUUGGUUAGCCGACAACUGGAGUACUAACCAACUCGCCAGCUCAGUAGUCUACGGGCCGGUACUCGCGAAGCGGUCUAAAUCUACCUGGAAUCAGUUGAAGCUUUUUAUUGAAGUGUGGCUGAUUCGGAAGAACAAAACGGACGCCAGCCUUGAGCCAAUUGUUGAGGCAUCGUUUAAGGCAACUGACUUAAAGAAGGCGAUGGAGGGUUGCGACAAGCUCGUGGAGGUUUUGCAGAAUAGAGAUAGGAGCUGGUUCCUGGCUGAAGAUUCAUUGAGGACGAAGCUUAUUAUGGAACGGUACGGAGAGACUACGGCCUGA